CGGAACGACGGCCCUGAGUGGGAUCGACGUGAUGAAGGAUGUCGCCGCGAAGAGCAAAGUCACUGCAGGGCCCAACGCCACGGACGUCUUCUAUUUCCUGGAAUCUUGAGUUGGAAUUCACGGAGCGCAGGACAUAAGUGGAAAAACCUCAUUCACAAUGGACAUGUGGAUGUCCAACUUCAGCGGCACUAUUUUGAAUGGAAUCGACAUAAACCAACUCUACACCACAACUGUUUUAAGCAAUGGGACUGAGAUAAUUAACUGUGACAUCAAGUUCAGCAGGAAUUUAAAGGUGAACAAAACCGUCGUGAAAUCUGAUCUAUCUGGUUUAGAUGAAGAUGGUAUUCUGAUCGAUAAUUUGAACGUGACGGAGGUGAGCGAAAAGGCUGUGUUGACGAGUGGAGGUCCUUAUCAUAUUUUCGGCAGAAAGACGUUUUCCAACUUAACUGCCUCGGCAUUGAGUGUAGAAGAUUCAAUAGGGAAUGUGCCAGUCGAAAAUUUUGUGGUUGUCUCCCGGCAUGACAGACCAAUAAGGAACCUUGUAUCUAAUGCAUCCAUCACCGUCACAGAUCUUCAGGUAAAUGGGCUUAUAGAUGGAGUGAAUUUGGAAAACUUGCUUGCAAGCCGGAUCACCAUCAGUGAAAAUGAAACCAUCUCAAGAUCACUGGCAUUUGAAACUGUGAAAGUAGAAGGUGACUUAACGGUGAACAAAAUCAACGAUAUUUAUCUUUCAAAUAUUGUGCUAAAAUCCGGAAGAGAACAGCAAGACAUCCUUGAUCGGAAAACUUUGAAUGGGGGUCUGGUUGUCAAUGGACGUAUUGGAGGCAGAGAGCUCAAUGGAAUCGACUUACCCGAACUAAAUCGACUGGUUGUCCGAAAGGAUCGGAACGCAACACUGGGAAAUGCCAUGACAUUCAAGAAACCCAUAGAAUCCAAAGUACCAAUCGCGGUACUAGGAACGGUCAAUGCCUUCAAACUCUCUAGCCUGGUAUACAAUAUGACUGCUCUCGGGCAGCAUGUUGGGAACCAGAGUGCCAGACUUCAGGAUUUGUACAUGCAACUUGCAAACACUCACAGUGAUAACUUACAACUCGCUUGCGGCUUUUAUCAACCGAUGGCAUUUGGAGAAGAACUCAUUAACAUGGAAGUAAAAUUUGCUGGAAAAAUGACAUUCGGACUCGUGGGAGAAAACCUUCCCACCUUGGCUUUGGGAAAUUGUCAUCUUCAGUGCAGCUGCAACAUGGAAACUGCAAUUUACAAAUUAGGUGAAGAUGGAAGCUUGCAGCUUGACAUUGUAGUCAGAGACAGAGCAGUGUUUUUCUUCCAAACUGAUGGUUAUAGUGGAACACAGCUUGGUUACCAAUGCACAAAUCAAGGUGGAACAAGCAUCUUUAGCUUUGUGGGUAAAAACACAACAAUUCUUUUAUCUCCCUCUCUUGGUUUUCCAUCUGAAGUCAAAUCGUUUACUGUGGAACAAGAUGGAAUCAACAAGACCUAUUUUGUAACCAUAGGAACAGAUCUAACUUAUAUGAGUUACGGCAUUGAAAGUUCCGUAAUUAAUGUUUUGAGAAUAGACGAGAAUCAACUCACUAGGGUAUGGUCAAAGCAUACUAGGGCCAAGAUCUCUUCACUGGAUAUCGCAAAAAUUUUUGGAGUGUGGUGCAUGUUGGUAGCCAAUAUUGCGCUGGCUGAUGAUAAAACCGACCCAUACACAGCACCUACGCGUUUGUACAAAUGGAACAAAGACGAGUUUGUACUUGUGAAAGAAUACUAUGGUGAAUAUGUGACUUCUGCCAUGUUCCUCCGGCCUCGAGCUCCCAGAAACGUGAACUUUUUCUCGAUGGCCCAACUGAAGGCUGCCAAUACCCCUCUUGGUGCUUUCAAUCUGAGAUACACAACCGAAGUAUUGGUGUACAAACUGCAAGACCUUGAGACUGGCCAUGGCUUUACACCUUACGCGAGGCUGAAGUCGUACGGUGUGGUCGCCCAACAGCAUAUGUUCGCGGGAGACGAUCUCUACCUAAUGGCACUGUCUGAGUACUCGAAGACCCUCGAUGUUUAUGAAUACGUACCUUCAGAGGGUUUCCGACUGUUCCAGCAACUCCGUGUCUGCGAGAAACCCCUUGAUCUGAAGAGCAUCAAAGCCGGUGACGAAGAGAUGAUGCUGGUAUCGUGUAGAGAGCCGUACAAGUUGAUUAGUUUUCGGUUCAAUGUCAAGGGGAUGUCGAAUACGUAGGGAAUGCGUUUUAAUGUUUUAGAUGGAAGAACUAUGAGAAGAAUAUCUUCAUAUUGUGAGUUACAUAGAUAUUUUAUUGGAUAUUUUAUCAAUAUACAUUAAUUCUGCAAUUCUGAUAUGUU